AUGCCAAACGUGGCCCUAAAUUAUUUUUCCGCCCAAAUAUACGACUUUGGCUACAACAGCUGUGGCCAACUUGGCCGGAUGAGACAAGCUCUCAUACCCGACUAUUCCAGCGGAUGCUACGUUCUUGGUCGCGAAGACUACCCCUGGAGCUUGGAUGGAGAAACAGAUGACGAGGGUCAGCCUCACGUCGUCAUUUCUUCCCCUCAUAUACCGAAUUAUGGCUGGAGAUCUGAAGAUGAGCAUCCAGAUAUACCUAAGAAUUUGACGCAAGGGGCGCGAAAUACCGACCAUCUUGUUGAAUAUUUCGCAGGCUGGGCCAUCAGUAAUGUCGAAAAUUUCAGGUAUUUCCCUGUGCUGGUACAUUCCAUGCCCCAAUUACGAUGGGAAAAAUGGAGCCAUAUUGAGAUACUAAACUAUCCUGCUUUCUAUGAAAUAUACAUGAAGGCUGACAUAGCGGCCACUAGCGAGUCAACACGAAACCAAAAAGGUCCUUCUCAACCUGCGAUAGCUGACAGCCAAACUAGUACAUGA